AUGAAUAAAGAAAGAUUGCUUACUCUUCUUGAUAAAAAUGGAAUUCCAUAUUCUAAAAUAAGACCAGAUUUAUCCUCAAGAAAUAUUAAUAAUAUUGAUAGAAAAAAAAGUCAAUCAUUUUCAUUAUCAGGAUUUGGGAAAAUUGUUGAUAUAAUUAUUAUUCUUUUAAUUCUUUUAAGUUUAUCAUAUUUUUUUGUAUAUGUAAGACUUAUUGUUUAUAACAAAAAUUGGAUAAAAAAUUCUCAAGAUCUAGAAAAUGAAAAAAUUGUUUAUUUACAAAAAUUACGUAAUGGCAUUGAGUAUGAAAAUAUAAAUAAUCCAGGCAUAAAUAUAUGUAAACGUGAAAAUUAUUUAAAAAAUUGUCAUGAAGAAAAUAUUAAAUGGAAUAAUGAUAUUAGUACUAAAAAAAGUUAUGAAAAAUAUUUUGCUGAUGCAGAAAAAUAUAAAAAUAUUAGAAUACCUUAUCAUAAAGAAGUAAAGCUGCUUUAUGAUAAAUGUAUUUCUGAUAGUAUUACACAAAAUGAUAUCCGUAAUAAAGUGUUUAAAUUUUUAAAUAAGAUGGCAUCAAAAUAUGGUGAAUAUUUUGUUAUUAACAAUAAUAAUAAUAUUUUUCAAAAUAUAUUAUUACCAAGUAGUUAUUUAAAUUUAACAAAAAUGAUUGCUGACAUGAAAACAUUUUAUAACAUUGAUUCUAUAAUUUUAUCCUCAAUUGAAUUGGAUGUUAAUCCUGGACAUGUAGAUGGUACUAGUAAAGUUCAUGGUAUUUUUACCAUAAAAAGUAAUGAAAAAAUAUUUAAUCAUGAAAAAGAAGGUUUAGAAAAGUACAAAAUAUAUAAAAAUCUUCAAUAUAUUUUUAAUGAUACAUUUAAUGAUGAAGAAUAUCAUCAAUUAGCAAAUAAUAUAUAUGAUAUUGAAAAAAUAAUAUUUGAAAAAAAGAAUAAUAAAAAAAAUAUAUCAGAAAUUGUAAAAUUAAAAGAUAUUCAUGGUCGUUGGAAUAUUUUAAAUAUACAUUCAUAUAUAAAUUAUAUCUCACGUUUUAAUAGAGAUUUAAAUAGAAAGUUGGUAAAUAAUGAAAUUAGUAUAGCAAUUGAUGAUCCACAAUUUUUUUCAUUAAUUGAUAAUUUGAUUACUAAAGAGGAUGAAUAUAGAAAUUUCAAAAAUUAUAUUUUAUAUAAAGGUGUAAUAUCAAUUUUAAAUUUUUACAAUACAACAAGAGAUUCAUUUUAUUGUUCAAAUUUAAUUGGUGAACAUUUACCACUUUUAAACACCAGAAUUAUUAAUAAAGGAUUAUCAUUUUUUGAAAAAGAUUCAAUGGAAAUGUUAGCACAAAAGUAUGUCUAUACAUCAUAUAAUAGUAUUAUUGAACUUCUUAAUUCAUUUAAAAAUAUUAAUCAUGAUAUUAAAAAUAAAAUUAGAAAAACUUUUGAUUCCAUAAGAAUUUUAUCUGGUGCACCAAGAUGGAUUUUUAAUGAUGUUGAAAUUUAUAAAUAUUAUGGAAAUUUAUCAAUAUCAAUACAUCAAACAUUUGAUGAAAUGAUUGAAAAAUUAAAUAAAUUUAAAGAGAUUAAAAAAUUAGAUGGUAUUUUAGGCGAUAUUUCAGUUGAUGAAUUUCUAUAUUCUGAUGGUAGUAAAUUAAGUAAAAAUAUAUAUUAUUGUUUAAUAACUAACACUAUCUAUCUUCCAAGUUCAGCAUUCUUUUUAAUGUUAAAAUCAUUUAAUGAUCCAAAACUAUCAUUAAAUAAUAUUAUUUUAUCACAAGUUGGAUAUGAAUUGGGAAAAGUUAUAAUACCAUAUAAGGAUACUUUAUUUAAUAAUAUUUCUAUUACAAAUAAAAAUACAACAAAUUUUUAUAAUAAUACUUUACAAAAUGAUUCAUAUUGUUUAAAUAAUAUUAUUUAUGGUAAUAAAAAAAAAUAUAUUAAAGAAUGGGAUGAAGAAAUGGUUAAAAGUUUAAUGCGUCAUAUGAUUGCUAUACAAUCAUCAUAUUCAGUAUACAAUAAUUAUAUAAUUGUUUUCCAAAACGACUAUUUUCCUUUUCAUAAUAAUAUAAGGAAGGAUCCAAAAAAAUUAGAAGAUUUUUAUUUUUACUAUGAAAUAAAAGAGUACAUUUGUACUAUUGAAAAUUCAAAUAUUCGUGAUGUUAUUAUAGAUCUCCUUUCAUUGAUGUAUUCCUUUCAAGUUUCAAAAGAUUGUCACUCACCAUUUAAUGCUCCAACAUGUUUAAAUUGGUUAUCUUUAAAAUGGUUCAAGUUCCCAACAAAUUAA